UCUUUCUCUUUCUCUCUAGAUAACAACAAUUUGGUUUGGGUAUUGGGGAUAGGCGAAGAGAGCUACUUAGCUCUCCAAGAACCCUUUGACCAUUCAAAUCCCCUCUGCUGUACCUUCCACGAUUCGGUUCAAACGCUAAAUUCCCCUUUUCAUCCGAUUCUGGAGCCCCCAUUCUUCACAUAUAUCUAUCUCCUCUUUCGUCCUCUGGAAUGCCCGAUUCAGUUUCGAUCCCCACUAGUACUGUGAUUUACUUACUUUCUUAGAUCUCCCAAAACUUUCUCCUGUUAAUGCUAUAUCUAGUAUAGAUCCUUCUACCUUUUCCAUAUUUGGAAUGUCUGGCAAAAGCCUGAUUCAAGUUACAACUUCAAGGGUCUACAUCUCAAGGUUUUAGGUAGUAGAAGAAGAAACCCUUUUACUCUCUCUAUAUCUCAGAUUUACGUUUCAUGGGUAAUUGUUGUGGGACGCCAUCUGUUAAGGGGAAGCCAAACCCAUUUGCCGGUGAUCAUGGAGGAGGUAACCAGCCGUCUGGUAAUGGAGGAUUGAAACCCUAUGUGUUAGAUAACCCGACCGGUCGUGAUCUUGAACAGAAAUAUGAGCUGGGUAGCGAGUUAGGUCGAGGUGAAUUUGGAGUAACUUAUUUGUGUACAGAUAAAUCGACUGGGGAAACUCUUGCCUGCAAAUCCAUAUCGAAAAAGAAGCUGAGGACUCGAGUGGAUAUCGAGGAUGUGAAGAGGGAAGUUGAGAUAAUGAAGCAUUUGCCUUCUCAUCCAAAUAUUGUUAGCUUGAAGGCCACUUAUGAAGAUGCCAAUGCAGUUCAUUUGGUGAUGGAGCUUUGUGAAGGAGGCGAAUUGUUCGAUAGGAUUGUUGCUAGAGGACAUUACACUGAGAGGGCUGCUGCUGCUGUUACACGCACCAUUGUUGAAAUCAUUCAGAAUUGCCACAAACAUGGUGUUAUGCAUAGGGAUCUCAAGCCCGAGAACUUUUUGCUUGCCAAUAAGAAAGAGAACGCACCACUGAAAGCAAUUGAUUUCGGGUUGUCUGUAUUUUUUAAGCCUGGUGAAACAUUUAAUGAGAUUGUAGGUAGUCCUUACUAUAUGGCUCCUGAGGUGCUGAAACGAAACUAUGGUCCCGAAGUAGAUGUUUGGAGUGCUGGCGUGAUCCUCUACAUCCUACUUUGUGGUGUGCCGCCUUUUUGGGCAGAGACUGAACAAGGAGUAGCACAAGCAAUCAUUCGAUCGGUUGUAGAUUUUAAACGGGAGCCCUGGCCGAAAGUCUCUGACAAUGCAAAAGAUCUCGUCAAGAAAAUGCUUGAACCUGAUCCUCGACGCCGCCUUACUGCUCACCAAGUGCUAGAUCAUCCGUGGCUACUGAAUGCCAAGAAAGCUCCUAAUGUUUCUUUGGGCGAAACCGUGAGAUCAAGGCUUAUGCAAUUUUCUGUGAUGAACAAGCUUAAGAAGAGAGCCCUGAGGGUAAUCGCCGAGCAUCUCUCGGAGGAGGAAGCAGCCGGUUUCAAAGAAGGGUUCGAAAAGAUGGACACGAGCGGUAGAGGGAAGAUCAAUAUUGAUGAGCUAAGAGUCGGCUUAAAGAAAAUUGGCCAUCAAGUUCCCGAUUCAGAUCUCCAGAUUCUUAUGGAAGCUGGUGAUGUUGACAAAGACCAACAUUUGGACUAUGGAGAAUUUGUAGCUAUUUCUGUUCACCUAAGGAAGAUGGGAAACGAUGAACAUCUUCGCAAAGCAUUCAAUUUCUUCGAUCAAAACCAAAGUGGGUAUAUAGAGAUUGAGGAAUUAAGUGAAGCCUUGACAGAUGAUAUCGAGACGGAUAAAGAAGACGUCAUAAAUGCCAUCAUGCACGAUGUGGACACAGACAAGGAUGGACGAAUCAGCUAUGAUGAGUUUGCAGCGAUGAUGAAGGCUGGAACUGAUUGGAGAAAAGCAUCGAGACAGUAUUCUCGAGAGCGAUAUAACAGCCUCAGCUUGAAAUUAUUCAAAGACGAAUCUUUGAAUUUGAAAAACGAGGAGGGUAGGUAACCCUAUCAAGCGUGGACCUUAAAGUGAUUAUUAUUUUUUGUUUAUUAAUGUGUUAGUUUGCAUGUUUCCUCGAUUGAUGUCUUUGAUUGUAACUGUUUUAUUGAAAUAGUGUUGAUUUAUGUUGGGCUUUAGUUCAUUUGAGAAUAGAAGAUAAUAUUCAGAAGGUUGGUCAAAUUGUUUGUUGGCUGUAAAUACAUGUUGGCAUCAUAAGGAUUGUUUUAUUUUA